UUCCCACGCCUGUAAAUAUAAUAUUUUUGCUAAUCUUUUUUAUCCCAAGUUGCUUCGGGAUUCUGUGAAAAUUUCAUCUAUUUUAGACAGUCCCACAGUAAAAGCUGCCAUUCAUUUCAAGUUUCAGUUACCAAAUAAUUGCAUCCUCUGAACUGAGUUGAAGUAUCAAUCUUCUUUCAAUUCUAUCAAUUACAAAGUAGAAAAAGAUAGUUAACUGCAUUUUUUGACAGCUGGCUAUGAAAGUCCGUCCAGCGAAGCCUCACUUUUUCAAGCCUAUUCUGCCAGGCUUCAAGCACGCUCUGCCCCAACGGACCGUAGAGCUUGUUUGCAUUGGUAGUGGUGGUUCUCAGCUGGAAUGGAUCUGGAAAUUCACUGGGCCGGGUUUGAAUAUUUUCAAUCGGAAAGAUACUUGACAGAAGAGCUCCGACAAGCAGCACAUCCCAAGGUCCACCACAAGGCUGGUGUCAGUGGACGAUCUUUUUAGCAGAUUAACCAUAUCUUGCAAUCAAUCUAUUACCCUCUCAUUCUCUUGUUCAUCAAUUUUGUGCGAAGGGUAUGAGAAGAAGCCCUUAUACCAUCUUCCUCAAUACCAUGAAAUAUAGCAGCUCUCUUGCCACGUUUCCUUCGAGAAUUCAUAUCUACUGGAAUGAUUGACCGAAACUAUUAAUGGAGGCAAUGUCUAGACCAUUUCGCUUAUUUCAGGGCAAGUUUGACCCUUCUCCUGUUAUUAAAUUUUGGACACGUGGCAGUAAACUGUACUAAUCAGUUCAUUAGUCAAUAAGGGAAAAUAUUACCCAUUUUUGUUACGGCAAGGGCAUAUGAUUGACCCCAACUAUUACCAGAGGCCGGACAGAGACCAUUUCUCAUAGUUCAGGGGCAAAUUUGACCCUUUGCCCUUUUUAAUUGUUUAUCUGAAAAUUCCUAAAGGUUUUCUGAAGUAUCUAAAGGGACAUGAGCAUGAACAUGCAGUACUGAGAAGGGGUAGUAAGAAGUGGCUGGUGAAGCUGAAUGGCCAGCGACUGGAAGAGGGUUGGGAAAAGUUUGCAGAAGAGCAUGGAUUACAGUUAGGAGAUUUAUUGAUUUUCAGACAUGAAGGAGAGAUGGAGUUUGAGGUUACCAUCUUUGAUUCAAGUCACUGUGACAGAGAGUAUGCGGAGUAUCUGCAAGACGAAGAAGACGCACAUACUGUUAAAGAUCCUUCCAAGAAAUUUGAAAUCAAAGCGCCUUCCUGGAAAAUUUACAAAGGCAAAUGGCCUCAAAAACAAGAAAUGUGGUUUGAUUAUUAGAGGUGAAAGACAAAGGUCAUGGAAUUUAAAGCUAUAUACCUCCUAUUCUCAAGUCUAUAUUGGAGGUAAAUGGGGUGAAUUCCGUGAUGCAAAUGACAUAAAGGUUGGAGAUCGUAUAAUGUUUGAGGUUGUUGCUAACGGAGAAAGACCAAUAUGGAAAUUCCAUCAUCUGAGAAAAAAUGCAUCACUCCAGCCCGAGGGAAUGAAGACUAAUUCGGAUACUGAAAGAGUUUCCACUCCAGAAAAACCAAAGUCCAACACCAUAUCAUCACGCGAGGCUGUUCCCAAUGUAGAAGCUGCUAAGGACAUGCAUCUUGGUCAUCCUCAUUUCAUUUGUACCAUGAAACCCUAUUACCUUUCAAAGCAUUUUCUGCGUGUUCCUAGCCCAUUCGCACGACAACAUGGUCUCAGAGACAGGAAAUGUACAAUAAUGAUAAGAGAUGAGCAAAGGUCAUGGACAUUUACGCUAUAUUCAUGUGGCACAGUCACCUACAUUGGAGGUGGAUGGCGCGACUUCUGCAUUGCAAAUUGCUUAAAGGAAGGAGAUCGAGUAAUGUUUGGGAUAGUUGCCAAUGGAGAGAAGCCUAUAUUGAAGUUUCACGAUCUGAGAGGAAAUGCAUCACUUCAGCCCGAGCGUUUCCACUCAAGGUCUGGAUUUCAAGAGCAAACUCUUGUCGCUGAAUUACAUUUUUUUUCUUUUCAUUUCUCUGAUUCUAUCUUUUCUUCAUGCACUUUUAAAAGGAAUAACAGACCUUAAGAUCAGACCUCAAAUGUGACUGCUUCAACAUCUGUUGAUGAUGCUAAUGCUAACACGACAUUGGUCUAUACAAUGUGAUAAACUUGAGCUGUAUCUUCCAUUGGCUUUUGUAAAAUCAAAUGGCUUGAUGAAUAGACAUUGUGAGAUGAUUCUUGAAGUUCAACUAGGGCCAAUGGAAGUUCACGUUGGGAUUAACAGGGGAUGGCAACAGUUCAGAGAAGCAAAUGAUGUCCAAGUAGGAGAUACAUAUUAAGUUUGAACUGAUCAACAACAAAUAAUACCCGUUGCUUUCCAUUGUAAAUAUUCUGGGAAGGAUGCCAAGCAAAGCCCUUGACAAGUUAGUGAAUUGGCAAGGAAAGGAAAACUGAAGAAUAUGAUGUUCUUGGAUUUACUACAUGUUGCCUAAUCUCAACAGAAGAUAUGCCUUUAGUUUUUUUGUUCUUCAUAAGCCAAACCUUUUUUUAUAUGCUGUAUUAUAUUUGCUUCAGUUGCCUUUCAUUUGAUUUGACAUGUACAUGUUUCUUCAAAAUUGUAGUUGUAUUCAAUGAUUGUGUAGUUGUCUUGUAAUUUAACCGAUUUUAAUA